AUGAUAGCCUCUCAGGAUGCGGUCAGCCAGCCUCAAGGCUUCCCAUACUUCCCUCUGCUCCCACGCGAGAUACAGGUCAUGAUCUGGAAAAAUGCCAUCGACAAGCCCGGCAUCCACUUCCUCGGCGUGACACUGAAGCGGCCCAGGAAGGAAGAUCCUCGCGGUCUCAGCUCAGACCCAGGAGCAUACACCGCCGAUUGGGAGAGCGUCAUGAGGAGUCGACCCGGUCAACCAUCUUGGUACUGGAAUCCUCCAGGCAGCGAGUUCCGCGAAAAGGCUUGGGUUCCUAUGCAUACAUGGGACACGCCCAGUCGCCUAUGUCUGAUCGAUUACCAGCCUCCCUCCACCAGCUCGUCCGCCGGCUGUUCUUCCUCCUUCUACACCUUUGAGAAUGCCUCGAAGAUGUCGGGCUUACCUGUGAAAGAACUGCGUGGCCUUCUUAAGAAGCCAACCGACAUCGACCUCGGCGACGACCUCUACAACAACAAGUACAACAAGCACAACAAGACCAUCACGAUGGAUGGGGCGAACGACGUCGUCUACCUCAAGUUCUCAGCCCGCGACGACGAGAACUCGUGGUCCAAAUUGCCCACGUUCCUGCUCGAUCUGGACAAAGAGCGACGUGCCAACGAGCACAGCUUUAACCGCAUCACGAAGAUCGCCGUCGAGGUGGACUUUCUUUUCGCCACCACGGAGGAAGUUCAUUCUAAAAUUUGCGAUACCUUUGGUGGAUACCACAGCAAUGCAAGCCGGUGCAUCGUCCCUCGGCCCUUCCUCGAGCACGAUUCUCUCGCAUCUGGCCGGGGAUACACCUGCGCAUUUUGCGAUGAGUCUCCAGUCGAGCACGGUUCCGAGGACUGGUACCUCCAGCGUUUCGCAAAUUUCUUACACGCCUUCCCAAACCUGAAGGAGGUGUUCCUCGUGGUCCCCGGUGACGUUGACAACGACGAUGACGAGGAGCAGCAGAGCCAGACGGAGGGACACCACCACCAGAAGAGCGCCGACAAGAAGUUCUACAGCGCCAAAGGGCCUGUGGCGCGGACUGUCUCGGAGUGGAGAGAGCGCCAAUUCUCUCCGCCGCAGGUCGAGGUCGCCCCUCAGCCUGAGGCACCGGCGGUCCCUCGGCCCAAGCUCAAGUCCUCCUGGCGGAUCGUCAAGAAGGACCUGGGCAGGGGAAGGAGGACAUUCUGGUGCCCUGGAGGUGUGCUCAGGGAGCCCAGAGAGGAGACCGUGUCCCGCAGGCUGGCGACGGUGGUGGAUACGUUUCAUUGGUGGUAUGUGAACGAGAGGCCGGAGCGGGAAGGUCAGUCUGGGGUGUUGGCUCUGGAGGCGGCAGAGGAGGUCCAGUUCCGAGCUCUAUCUUGGAGUUAG